UUUUUCCUUAAAAGUAAAAAAAUGACCAUGUAUUUUGAUUCUUCCUCUGUACUCUUCAAGAAACGAUCUUUUAUAACAACUUCUCAUAUGCCUGAGGAAAGAAACCCAACACACAGGUAAAGAAAAGAAACUGUACCCAAAGCAAAAAAAAAAUGAGACAUCUCCUUUACAUUUUCUUCUUCAUUCCCAUUCUUGGUUUUGCAGGAGCUGGUCAAGAAUCAACACCCAUUGAAGCUCUGAAUCUCCUCCAACUUCUUCCUCAAACCACUGAUCUUGAGCUAGCCGUUUCCGUGAGAGACAACAAAACCAUUACCGAGAUUUCAUCAAGCAUCAUAAAGGCUGAAACUUGGCUUAAAACCCAUGUCCUCUCUCGUUACCCUUCCACCAAAAUCACCACCAUUGUUAUCUUUUCCCCUGACUCUUGCCAAACCACACAACGCAAACCCACCUUUGACCUGGUCCUCUCAUCUUUGAAGAACCUACACCAUUCUCUCACAAGAUGGGGUCUUGAGAAGAACAUCAAAGUCUCCUCUGGCUUCUCUUACCAGUGCUUAAACAACCUAGAAGCCUUUAAACCUACUCUCGCCUUCCUCAGAUCCAUAAACUCCACUUUCACCAUAAACCCACCUCCAAACUUCCUCUACUCUCCUGAUAACCAUCUUGAUAUGCUUCGUUCCGUGGAGAAGUUCGGAUCUUUGAGCUUCAACAGAGUGAACUUCUUAAACCCUGACCAAGAAGAAGCUGCGGUGGCGGCGAUGGCAACAAGAAGAAAUCUCAGAUCUUUAAUCAAUUUUAGCAGAAAAUUCACAUUAAACUUCCCGACACUACCCUCUCCGUCGCCGGAAAACUCACCAAUUCACUCCUCCAUCGGAUAUCCAUCUCCACAGCCUUCGCCGGAGCAAUCUCCGCCGGAGCUCUCACCGCCGGAGAAAUCUCCGAUCUCAUCUCCGCCGGAGAAAUCUCCGAUCUCAUCUCCGCCGGAGAAAUCUCCGAUCUCAUCUCCGCCGGAGAAAUCUCCGAUCGCAUCUCCAGGACUCUCGCUUUCGCCGUGCAUUCCUCAUCCGACUCCUUCGCCGCCGCCGUCGCCGCCGGCGAAAGAGAAGGGAGUGGAAGGGCUGUGGUGCGUGGCGAAACCGAGCGUGGCGGCGGAGACGUUGCAGCAGUCUUUGGACUUUGCGUGCGGACAAGGAGGAGCCAACUGCGACGAGAUUAAGCCUCGAGGGAUAUGUUUCUAUCCGGACACGACAGUGGCUCACGCGUCUUAUGCUUUCAACAGUUACUGGCAAAAGACGAAACGUAACGGAGGAAGUUGCUCUUUCGGUGGCACCGCCAUGCUUAUCACUACUGAUCCAAGUUAUCAGCAUUGCAGGUUUGUUCUGAGUUGAGAUUUGUCGGAAGUGGAAGACCGGUAAUGAUAUCAUGGAAACAGAGCUAGAAGAUGGAAGAUUUUCUCAAUAAUUGUUAUUAGUUAAGAGUUAAUUUCUCUUUAGUUUGUAAAUUUGAAAAUGAUGGUUUUCGUGGACUAUUUUAUCAGUUUGGGUUAAAUAAAUGUUACGAUUAGACCCAAAA